AUGGCUUCCAUCUUCACAUACCAAGAUGAGCCUGCCCGAAUACAUUCUCCGUGGUCGACACCAGGAACCUCAACCCCUCAGCAACUUCACUCGCUUGACAAUCCUUCUGGUGGAAGCCAUCAUAUCACACAUGGUCUCAUGAAGCUGGAACCAGAACGCCAGGAUGGUCCUACCGAGUACAAGCUUCACCUCCUCCUUCGUCCUCGACGGAAAUUCCUCUCCGCAACGACAACAUGCUCCGUCUAUGGGUCACAACCCUAUACCACCCCAGUCCAAUCUGCUGUUGUAUCAAGUCGCUCCCCUGGUGACUCUUUGCUAGAUCGCCCUACAUCGCAACCUUCCGCACAGGCUCGUCAAAACAGACUACAACAACUGACUACACAACUGCUCUGGAGGCUACAGCAGUCUUCGCCCUUUCAUUCUUCGUCGAACGCAGAUUUGGUCUUACCGCUACUUCCUGAAGCGACGCCCAAGUUGGGAGUUCCGGAGCGGCCAGCAAAACUCCUCCCCGGUCUCGAGGAAAGCCAAGGCGCCCUCUAUGAAAUAGGAGUGGCUGAUGAUGGCAUGCUGGCAGGCUUAGUCGAAGAUGAGCUGCAAGAGAGUUUGACCAAUUUAAAGGCCAUGGCCGCAAGCCUCGGCUGCACCACCAAUAUACUUCGAAAAGUUCCCGUAGGAACGUGUGAAUGGGUAGAAAGUGGCAGCGAAACUGGCCACGCGCAAACGCGCAAAGACGCACUCUGGGUUGCUGAAGUGCUGGUCUACCCAGACUCACGAGGCUCGGCAGACGCCGACAUUCCAAGAACAACACUCGAUAUGCCAGCCGGAUCCUCGGAAUCGGAGGAUGGGUCGGAUUUGGCCGACCACGCUUCGACUGAUCAGAUUCGAGUGACCCUAGUGGGAGCUACAGCCGCCGGAAAGUCUUCCCUCCUAGGGACCUUGUCAACCUCUACUCUAGACAAUGGACGAGGCAAAAGCCGGCUGUCCCUGCUCAAACACCGACACGAGAUCGCUUCGGGAAUCACAAGUUCGGUUGCGCACGAACUCAUAGGUUACUGGGAGGCUCGACACCCUCCAAAUACUGUCAUCAACUAUGCGUCAGGUAAUGUUUCCUCUUGGCUAGACAUCCACAACCUGGCUAAGCGCCUUGUCUUGCUUUCCGACUCUCCUGGUCUCCCCAAGUUUUCAAAGUCAGCUUUCCGAAGUCUAAUAUCAUGGAGGCCUUCUUGGACUAUACUGUGCGUUGCAGCAAACGACAGCGACGAGGCAAUAGGCCGAAGUCCCGCAAUGGAUCCGCAGUCGUAUGCUAAUAACGGAAUCGGCGAGAGUGGGGAUCUCUCACUCUCGUAUCUGGACUUAUGUCUGCGAUUACAAGUGCCAUUGAUGGUGGUCAUCACCAAAAUGGACAUUGCAACCAAGGCAGGACUGCGACUGGUGCUUGCUAGAAUUCUUUCCGCUGUCAAAGCCGCUGGUAGGAAACCUGUCAUGCUCAGCAAUAUGCCCGGCCCUGUGUCUACUCCAGAACAGGGAGUCGCCCUCUCGGAACUCCAGACCAUCUACGAAAGGGAUCAGACGGAGGUUGAACGACUUGUUGAGUCGAUGCAAAGUGACCCUGGGCAGGGGACUGUCCCAAUCCUAAUGACUUCGGCCGUCACAGGACUCGGCAUAAGCAAAUUGCACGCAUUGUUUCGGACCAUUCCCGCAGUCUGUAAGCCACGACAAUCUCCGUGGCCUGGACCCGCGGUGAGUUCUUCGCUUUUCCAUGUCGAUGAGGUUUUCAGCAUCCCCCCAUCGCGCGUUUAUACCUUGGAUACCGAACCCCAACUCGCAAAACAGGGCAUUGUGCUUUGUGGACAUCUCUCUUACGGUCUGUUGUCAGUUGGCGAUACUAUGCUUCUAGGUCCUUUCAAUCUGGACACCGAUGGCUUAUCUAACCCUAUCUCUCCGUCCGUCUUGAGAGCCAAUUCUUAUGCUGCUGCUGAGUCGUCAUACGCAGAGGGAUCAUCAAGUGUUCUCGCGCGUUCUUAUCAGGGAGAGGCGCCACAGCAGCCGACUCGAAAGUAUCUGCCUUCGGCGAUAUUUCUCCGAGUCCGCAUCGUGUCCCUUCGUACUUUACGACUUCCUGUGAUGCGCAUGCACAAUCAAGAAACAGGCACCAUUGGUGUCGAACCUCUGGACGGUGAACACACGACGGUAGCGCUCGGUAGGGCUCGCAAGGGUAUGGUUCUUACCGACAUCAACCAACAUCUCGCUGGGUAUCGUUCAUUUUCUGCGAGGUUUCCUACUUCAGACUUUGCACAGACAACUUCGCCGGUUUUGAUACUAGGAGGUCAUGCGAUCGUAUACAUCAACAGUGUUCGUGCUGCAGCCAAAGUAACGGCGGUGGCGCUCGAUGAGGAUGAGCAGUCGGGAAAAUAUACGUCUGCAGCAUCUUCCCGAGACGACGCAGAGCUUUUCCGUUUAGAUAUUGAUGACGACGUCGAGGGGGGAUUUGGAGACGGCGACGGCGACAGGGGCAAGCCCAGUAACGAGAGGAGGGAAAUCAGAGUGUCUUUUCGUUUUGGCAGUACGAUCGAGUGGAUGGAAGUGGGCGACCAGGUAGUUGUCGUUCCUACUAUGACGGCGACUGGGCCUGUGACCGGCCCAGCACCGAUUGCCAACACGGGCGGCUUGUCUGGGUUUGUUGGAACAGUUUGUGAGGUGUUUAGUUGA